AUGAUCGAGAUCCCGAAGACAGACUCCUUGAAGGAGAUGCUCAACCUCAAGGGCAAGGUCGUCGUGGUCACUGGCGCCUCUGGCCCGAAAGGUAUGGGUAUUGAGGCGGCUCGCGGUUGUGCUGAGAUGGGUGCCGACGUUGCCAUAACCUAUGCGUCACGCGCUCAGGGCGGCGAGAAGAACGCGAAGGAGCUCAGCGAGACCUACGGUAUCAAGGCGAAGGCCUACAAGUGCCAGGUCGACAAGUACGAAUCAGUCGAGACCCUUGUGAAGGACGUUAUCAGCGACUUCGGCAAGAUCGACGCGUUCAUCGCCAACGCUGGUGCAACCGCCGACUCCGGCAUCCUUGACGGCACUGUCGAGGCCUGGAACCACGUCAUCCAAGUCGACCUCAACGGCACCUUCCACUGCGCCAAGGCCGUUGGCCAUCACUUCAAGGAGCGCAAGACCGGCUCUUUCGUCAUCACCGCGUCAAUGUCCGGUCACAUCGCCAACUUCCCGCAAGAGCAGACCUCCUACAACGUGGCCAAGGCCGGCUGCAUCCACAUGGCUCGCAGCUUGGCCAACGAGUGGCGUGACUUCGCUCGUGUCAACUCCAUCUCCCCCGGCUACAUCGACACCGGCCUGUCCGACUUCGUAGACCAGGAGACGCAGAAGUUGUGGAAGAGCAUGAUCCCGAUGGGUCGUGACGGCGAGGCGAAGGAGCUCAAAGGCGCCUACGUCUACCUCGUGUCCGACGCCUCCACCUACACCACCGGCUGCGACAUCGUCAUCGACGGUGGCUACGUCGUCAGGUAA